AUGGGAGACUCCUUCAAGGCGCGGACACUGAAGCGAAAGAAUGUGAAGGGGCUAGCUCUCAAUUCUGCGGGGCCAAAGACUGGCUCCAACACUUCAGAUGGCGAUGCUCAGAUACCAGGUGGCUUCGGCAAUCAAGACGGUAACCGGACAGACACACUAGAGAUCGGACUGGAGUUUAAGCUCGAUUUAAGGAGUGAGGACCUGGUGGUGCUGAAGGAGCUCGGGGCGGGCAAUGGAGGGACGGUCAGCAAGGUGAUGCAUGCGUCGACAAAAGUCAUUAUGGCUCGGAAAGUGUGUUCUUUACUGUUUUCUCCCGUUUCUGCUUCGAUUGUGAGAGAGUUACAGGUCGGCCAUGAUUGCAAUUCGCCAUACAUUGUUACGGUCUACGGCGCUUUCCAAAAUGAAGCCAGGGAUAUUGUACUCUGUAUGGAGUAUAUGGAUUGCGGUUCCCUUGACCGUAUCUCCAAAGACUUUGGCCCCGUCCGUGUCGAUGUCCUCGGGAAAAUCGCAGAAUCUAUCCUCGCAGGCCUUGUAUACCUAUACGAAGUCCACCGCAUCAUGCACAGAGAUAUCAAGCCCUCCAACGUCCUAAUAAAUUCGAGAGGAAAUAUAAAGCUUUGCGAUUUUGGCGUGGCUACCGAAACUGUCAACUCGAUAGCGGACACUUUUGUCGGCACAUCGACAUACAUGGCUCCCGAGCGUAUUCAGGGCGGGGUAUAUACCGUACGCUCGGAUGUGUGGAGUGUUGGUUUGACCGUAAUGGAACUGGCUGUGGGCCGCUUUCCCUUUGAUGCAACCGACUCGGCUGCGGGUGAUCGCGCAAGUGCGGGGCCAAUGGGAAUUCUGGAUCUGUUACAGCAAAUCGUGCAUGAACCCGCACCAAAGUUGCCCAAGAGCGAUGCAUUCCCGCCAAUCUUGGAUGAGUUCGUUGCCAAGUGUUUGCUCAAGAAACCCGAGGAACGUCCAACGCCACGGGAGCUCUAUGACAAAGAUGCUUUCCUCCAAGCUGCCAAACGAACCCCAGUAAAUCUCCGCGAAUGGGCAAUCAGCAUGAUGGAACAGCACAACAGGAAAUCAUACCUCGCACCACCAGCCCCGAAAGCAAUCACGCGAGACGGCUCGAGGGAUUCCAUCUCCCACUCCAGAAACGCAGAAGCGUCCCCUCGAGCCCGCUACACACCCACGUCCGGAGAAAUCCCCCUGAACAUUACCCGGGAACCUACCAGUAACAACAGCAGUGCCGCGCAGAUGUACGGCGACCCAAUGUCCGCCAUUGAACCCUCGUCAACAAUGGGCUUCGAGCAUCUCUCGCUCGGGAGCGCAACCCACCACCAUCCAGACUACAACCACAACCCCCUUCAGCAUUUAACCUCAAACGGCAACGGACACAGCAACAGCAGCAGCAGCAUUCCUCACCCGUCGCGGCAAUACCCCAGCCAUCCGCACAUCGACACCUCCGUCCCACAGUAUACAUCCCCCAUGUCGGCGUCUGCCACGACCGCGCGAGCCCCCAUACAAUCUGCGACUUUGCCGUCAAGGCCGGCACCGCCUCCUUCCGGCCCGCUUCCUGCACCUCCUGGCUCCGCGGGACCAGGCGGUUGGCGGACGCAGAGCCAUCGAGUAUGA